UUCAAAGCACAUGUAGCAGUGCUCGUAUUAGCCUUUCAGCUGGAUGAUAAAUAUUAAAAACGCCCAUUAGGCAAUAGCAGAUACUGACAGUGUGUGAGAGAUGUCCUUCGUGUCAGUGAGUGGAGCACAUGAGUCCUGCGUAGAUGACAUCGCUCCUCCGCGCACUGAAGCCGCAGCUGGAGGAGAGCUGCUGCGUCAGGUUCUAGUCUCGGGGCUGCACUCACGAUGCUAAGCAGGCCGUGGGCAACGAUGGGCCACGCACUGCUGUGAACAACAUUAAUCGGUCAUACGCGGUGUUUGUUGGAUCAGUGUGCAGCGAGUCCGCGAUGAUGUCCUCGUACUACCACCCGGCUAAAGAAGCAGACAUGGCGGCCAUGACAGAACCACUGUGCCUGGAGAGAGAGCUGUGAGCCUCUGUAGUUAUGGACAUCUUUUUUUCAUAUGUAUGCAGGGUGAUCGAGCUGCUGGACCGACUGCAGCGGACUGGUGAGCUGCCUCCUCCCAAACUGCAGGCCCUGCAGAGAGUCCUACAGAGCAAGUUCUGUGCUGCCAUUAGAGAGGUUUAUGAGCAGCUCUAUGACACUCUAGACAUUGUUGGAGGACCAGAGGUGCGAGCCCAGGCAACAGCCAAGGCCACAGUGGCAGCCUUUGCAGCCAGUGAGGGGCACGCCCACCCACGGGUGGUAGAACUGCCCAAGACAGAAGAGGGGCUGGGCUUUAACAUCAUGGGUGGAAAAGAGCAGAACUCACCCAUCUAUAUCUCAAGAGUUAUCCCUGGAGGAGUGGCUGACCGCCAAGGUGGGCUGAAGAGAGGAGACCAGCUACUUUCUGUCAAUGGUGUGAGUGUUGAAGGGGAGCACCAUGAAAAGGCUGUUGAGCUGCUGAAGGCUGCACAGGGAUCAGUCAAGUUGGUGGUCCGCUACACCCCGAAGGUGCUGGAGGAAAUGGAGGCUCGCUUUGAGAAGAUAAGGAGUGCCCGGAGACGACAGCAGCACACCAGCUACUCGUUAGUCUACAGUCAGCAUGUUUCUAUGUGAUCUCUAGAAUCCAGAGGCUAACUAGCCCAACAUUUUCAUCUAAUUUAUCAUCCAGACGUCCCGAUUCUUCUGUUCCAGCAGGAAGAAAGACCAUGGAUGGAAGCAAAGAAGUAGUCAACCAACAGCUGUUACCUGAGCUGAAGCAUUGAAAGCUGCAGUUUAAGAUCCUCUUGCCACUUUCUUAGACGAGUGAAAAAGUGCUGAGCUAGCUUGUAGUCAGAACGUGCCUGUAAAUUUCUUUUCCCACAGUGAUGUCUUCCUGAGCAUCCUGUUACAUAAGGCCAAAAUAUUCUCUCUAGUGUGUAGCUUAAUCAGAAUCUAAACUGCACAUCCUCAAGUGUUUUAUAGUACACUGCAUUUCUGAUUAGAGUCCACAUUCUGCAGGAGACCUCAGCAGCAGAAGAAAACAUUUCCCAAGAUAGACCCAGAUAGAAGGCUAAGUGUUGGCAUUUGUGAAUGGCUUGUUCAAUUUUGUGAAACUGUUGACAUUUUUUUGUAUUUUAUUCUUUGUCUAUAUAUUUAUUUGCAAAUUCCCCAUGAAUUAAAGUCAGUGUAAAAUUCAUA